GCUAGUCGCGGCAGCACGGACUUCACGUCAUUGACGACUUUCCCAUCUGAUCUGCGCCUGGACUACAUUGCCAAAGCACCGAACCCUCCUCUCUCUCCGUUACUCGUUUGAAGAAACACUCACAAUGUCCGAGAGAGCCAAGAAGUCGACCCUCCAAUCGCUGCGCAACUGGGGUGAAAACUCCGUACCGCCAACUCUCCUUGCAACACUCAUUACUGCCCAACAUGCACGUCCCUUCCAGCCACUGCCCAUGAUGUUUGCGCCUAUGCUCCUCUUCUCGUCCUACUUGAACUUGAGCGACUACAAGACCGAUGCUGCUGGUAUCACCGCGGCGUGGAGCGGUCUGUACGGGCUGCUGGCUCUGAGGAGAAGUCAGAGACUGAGGAACAAGUUCACAGUCAGAGGCGCUGUCAGAGGAGCCUCGCUGGCGCUUUGUGCUGUCAACGUAGCCGGCUGCGGGUUGGCGUAUACUUUUGGCAAGCGUGAGAAGGAGGAGAAGUCGUAAACGAUGUACCGAUCUCGACACAUCACGCUGUAUCAUACUGUACGACGAGUCUAAUAUCACACCAAGGACGAUUGGCCUAUGGUGGGC